AUUGCACCCCUAGUAGUUAAAGAAAUAUUACAUAUAACAUAAGCAUAAAAAAUAAGCAUAAUUUACAUAAGGCAAUUUGGUACUUCUAGAGGUAAAUAAAUCAAAAAUACCAUAAAUUGAUAGAUUAAAUUUUAUUGAAGACAGUGAUAUAACAUUUGUAUUAAAUAAAAAAAAGAAAUAAAAUAUACUAAUAUUUAAUUAGUGAAUAAAAACUACAAAAAGCCUCAAACAACUUUUUUGUUAACCAUAUAAAAUGUUUUCAUGUCUGCCCGACCAUACAGUACAUCCCAUUCUUGUUUUUUCUUCUGUUUCACAGAUAUGCAGAAUAUGAAAGGGCAAGAAACGCCUGCACUGAUGCUACACAGCCUGCAAUUUCCCAGUUCCUCCAGUCUCGUCCUCAGGAAGCCUAUGCAGCUUAUCAUCCAAGACAGAAGGCCAUAACAAAUGCCAUUCUAAGAGACCUGGUGAUAGGAUGUAGCAUGCCUCUUUCAAUCACUGAGAAUGAACAUUUCCGACACUUCAUGUCUGUGGCUGACUCCAAGUACCAGCCUGCCUGUCGUAGGACAAUAACUUUAAAGAUAGAAUCCCUUGUUGCAGAGACUAAAGAGAAAAUAAAAGAGCUUCUUUCUUGUGCAGAUCAUGUAUCCGUUACAGUGGAUAUUUGGUCAGACCGGAGAAUGCGCGGCUUUUUGGGAGUCACUGGCCAUGUUUUGGUAACAUCUGAGGGAGUUCAGCUGAAAUCAUACUUGCUUGCCUGUAACAGAUUCAAAGGAACUCACACAGGAGAAAGGAUAGCAGAAGCCUUUGAGUCCAUAUGUGAUGAAUAUGGCAUCAGACAAAAACUUGACUUUGUUAUUUGUGACAAUGCUGCCAAUAUGAAGCGAGCAUUUACAGUUUGUUUUCCAAAAGAGCAAGAUGGUGAAGUAAAUGAUGACGACAAUCUGGAUGAUGCAGAGUUGUGGGAAGACCUCUCCAGAGCUGAAUUGGAGACUGUGGACCGCAUGAUCAACAGAGGAAGUCCUAAACGUCAGCAAUGCUUUGCCCAUACGCUGCAGUUAACUGUUGGUGAUGGUCUCAAGGAUGCACGGAUCAUGAACAGUACCUUUGCAAAAUGCUCCAAACUGAGCUCUCUCCUGCGUACAUCCAGCACCUUUAAAGAUGCAUUUGAAGAUAAGUUUGGGCAGCGAGGGAUACCCGCUGCUGUGAAUACACGGUGGAAUUCAACUCUCCGCCAAGUCAAGGCAGUUCUCUCGUUCAGUCAUCAAGAACUGUGCAGUGUUGUUCAGGACACAGGCCACAGUGAGCUGGUCUUCUCAAUUAGGGAGUGGAAUCUGAUGAAAGAGCUUUGUGAUGUGCUACAGCCAUUUGCCGAGGCCACCGAUCUUACUCAGGGAGAGAAGAUUGUGACGGUCAGCUCUGUCCUCCCCUGUGUAUUGUCACUAAACCACCAUUUGGAAAAACUCAAACAGCAAGUGCGCUUCCUGGGAAGCAUGAUCCAUAGCCUGCAAUGCUCUCUCAAGAAAAGAUUCCGGGGGAUCUUUGUAAAUGUUAAAAUGUUAUCAGCAGCAUCAGGAGAAGAGCUGCCAUUUGCUGACCCACUCUACAUCAGAUCAGCUGUCCUGGACCCAGCUUUCUCCAUGAUGUGGCUUCAGCAUGAUGUGCUUGUCACUGAUGACAUAAAGAAUGAAAUUGUUGACAUGGUGAAAGAUCUGAUUCUACGUGAGGUGCGACCUAACACAACAUCCCAGAGUCCUGUAUUCCAAGAGGUUGGAAAUGGAAACCAGGAGGAAGAGAGCACUGGUUUAUUCUCAUACAGAAAACGCCCCAAGCAGGACACAACCACCAACCCAGAGACACAACUAAAUAACUAUUUGAGUCUUUGUUGUGGGCAGGCUUGUCUGUCCUUCUGGGAUGCAAACAGGGGUAUACUACCUGUACUUUUCCCUGUUGCAAUGAGAGCUUUUUCAGUGCCGGCUUCAAGUGCCCCAGUUGAAAGGGUCUUCAGUCAUGGUGGGAUCAUUAUGAGGCCACAUCGUGCUCGGCUUGCAGACAAGACCCUCUCAAAUCUUAUAUUUUGCAACCAUCCAUCUGAACUGACCAAUCCUGCUCCCCCUGGACACCAGUUCGCGCCCGUCCUUCUCCCUCCCCUUUUCAUCAUGCCGAGCAGGCUUACAGGAUUCCUAGAGUUCCAGAUGCGGCACUGCGUCCUUCACAGACCCCUUAGCAGGGCCCUCUCUCUCAUAUCGGGUGGCCCGGUUCACCGUGUCCUCAGACAACCUGAGCUGAGCUCAGGAAAGGGGCCUCCAAUUGGGGAGGCCCACCUCAGCUUGGGCUCUACAGCUCUACCACAUUCUCUAGAAUAUAGUUUAGGACCUCUGACGGUAGCAAAUAAAUGA